AUGUUUGAUAUAGAUUAAAUGGAUAAAAGCAAUUUUGUUUGCUUUUAGCUUAAGGACGAAUCAGUAUAUUUUGGAGAAGUAGUUUACUAAAAUGAGUAGGGUUAGGUUUUUGAUCCUAAAUAGGAUUAGGAAGCUGUUAAUAAAGGAAAAGCUGUUAGACAUGGAUUUGGUAUACAAUUAUUUGGAACCACAAGCGAUGAAUUUCUUUGCAAGUAUGAAGGGUAUUGGGAUAAAGAUAGAAUGCAUGGUAUUUGUAGAUGUUGGUUUCCUGAUAAAUCUACUUAUGAAGGAAAUAUGAAAUAUAAUGUUAAGGAAGGAGCUGGAAAAUUUAAGUGGUCAAAUGGAGAUGAAUAUGAUGGUAUAUGGAGAAAUAAUAGAUUUGAAGGUGCUGGUACUUUUAGACAUCAUUCUGGAAAUGUCUUAAGCGGUAUUUUCAAAAACAAUUAUUUUAUGAAGACGAACGACUAGUUUAUCAAUCCAUUCUUAUCAGGAGAAGAAAUUGAUUAGUUUAUAAAAAGAAAAAAUGAAAUAAACUUACUUAAAGAAAAGAAUAAAAAGCAGAAACUUUUCUUCUUUGAAAAGGUAAAUAAAAUAGAAGAUUUAGCUUAGUUGAUAAAGAAAUCCAAUUAGAAUAAUAGAAUUCCUUUAAUUUUUAGCUCAAAGCAACUAGGAGCUAACAUUAGCGAGAUAUUCAAUUAGAUUUAGCAACUUGAUAAAAGAAGUUGGUAUGAUUUUGACUUAAGAUAAGCCUUUUAGUUGAAAAAAUAAAAUGUCUAACAAUUAAAAUAAUAUAUGGCUAAAACAAAAAAGAAUCUUAGUAAUGUCUUGGUAAAAGGAGAGACUUUUGUUGUUAAUCUAGAUGAUUCUGCAUCUGCUUAAUAUGAUGAAAUAUUUUAUCCUGAUAUCAGAGAAUUUUAUAAUUCAUCAAGCUUCCCAAGCUAAAUUUGGAAUAUAGAAUAUUUGAAUCGUCAUGAAGUCUUUGAAAAAAUAAUUGCAGACACUGAAAAUUUUUUGAAAAUGGUUGUCUCAAAAGACUUCACCCUUGCAGUUUGGUCUAAAUAUAAAAUAGAUGAUAGUGUCGACAACAAAAAGAUUAUUGAGAAAAUUGAAAGACGCUUCAGCUCUAUUAUUCCGAUGAUUAAAAUUGAUUUGAUAAUGAUAACUUAAUGA